CCCUUUCACAAUGUAAGAUCCAGCUUGAGCUCCCAGCAACACAACAAACAGCUGUUGCGACGUUUCUCAACAACUGUCCCUUGCAGAUCUCGGCUGGCUGGCUGGCUCGGGCAUGAACGGAGGGACCAAUCUUUGUCCCCUGCAGCCUUCGCCACUAGGUGGGGGAUCCUGUGUCCUCUCAAGCAAGACCCCUUUGCAGGUCCCAGAGGCGAUCCGGUUCCCGGUCCAGCUCUCAGUUACACCUCCAGGACGCCCUGCCACCCCCCGCCAUGGAGUUUGCCGAGCUGAUCAAGACCACCAAGGUGAACAACGUGGUCCUCUCAUGCCCAGGACUCCAGCCCAUCCGAGGGACGCUGGCCGUCACCAGCCACCACUUACUUUUCUCAUCCCAGACGAAAGGGAGUGGGGAGCAGAGAAUGACCGAGUUGUGGCUUCUUAUUCGCAAUGUGGAUGCCACUGAGAAAAGCAUUCAGAAUUUAAGCUGGUAUCAAAGCUCCCGGACUAACGGCUCCCCGCCAGAGAACAGGCUUGCCAACACCUCUGGCACCAUCACUCUCAAAUGCAAAGACCUGAAAAUUCUGCAGCUGGAAAUCCCUGGGAUGGAGGAGUGCCUGAACGUUGCCAGCUCCAUUGAGGCCCUUUCUUCUGUGGAAUUGGUGAUGAAGAUGUACCCCUUCUUCUACAGACCCCAAAACACGAAGCUGGGAACUGGGUGGCUGACACACAUUACUGAACAGUAUUACAAGCAGAUCGCAUCUGAAACAGGGGCGUGGAGGCUGAGUUCUGUCAACGCGGACUUUGGUGUCUGUCCCAGUUACCCGCCAGUUGUGAUCGUACCGGCGAGGGUGGACGAUGGAGCCCUGCAGAAGAGCGCCCGGUUCCGUCAGGGGAGGCGAUUCCCUGUCCUCAGCUACUAUCACAAAAAAAAUGGGACGGUGAUGCUUCGCAGCAGCCAGCCCCUCGUGGGGCCCAACCGCAGGCGCUGCCCGGAGGAUGAGCUGCUCCUGAGCGCCGUCCUGGAGGGCGGGGAGCCUGGCUUCAUCCUCGACACCAGGUCGCUGCAGGCCGCCAAGCAGGCCCGGGUGAUGGGGGGCGGCCUGGAGCACCGGAGCUGCUACAGAGGCUGGAAGAGGCUGCACCGGGCUCUGGAGAGCACCGAAACAUUCCAGAGUCAACCACUGGGAGAAGAUGGGAGUUGUAGUCCAACACAUCUGGAAGGCAUUAGGGGCCGCCCCCUCCAGGAAAGCUUCAUCAAGCUGGUAGAAGCUUGCAACGACUCUUCUCCCCACAUGGACCGCUGGCUGAGCAGGCUGGAAGCCUCGAAGUGGUUGUCCCACGUCAAGGAAGCUUUGAACGCGGCCUGCCUGGCAGCCCAGUGCCUGGAAAGGGAGGAGGCUUGCGUCCUGGUGCACGGAGGCGAAGGGAAGGACACCACCUUGCUGGUGACCGCUCUCGCCCAAGUUAUCCUGGAUCCAGACUGCAGGACGUUGACCGGCUUCCAGGGGCUGCUGGAGCGGGAAUGGAUACAGGCGGGGCACCCGUUCCACCUCCGCUGCGCCCACUCCGCCUACUCACACACUCGGCUCAAGCAGGAGGCGCCCACAUUUGUCCUCUUCCUCGACUGCGUCUGGCAACUGGGGCGCCAGUUCCCCUUGUCGCUGGCAUUCAAUGAGCAUCUCCUGCUGGCACUCUUUGAGCACUGCUACGCCUCUCCCUACGGCACAUUCCUCUGCAACAACGAGAAAGAAAGGAAGUUCUGUGAACUGAGGGAGAAGACCCACUCCCUCUGGCCCUGGAUAAACCGUGUGGAGAAGUACCUGAAUCCCCUCUACACAUACAACCCCUUGGUCAUCUGGCCCUCUGUGGAACCACAGAGCGUGGUGCUCUGGCAAGGUUUAUUUCUCCGCUGGGUCCAUUCGUCCCACUAUCUUGACGAAGCAUGGGCGGAAAUUCAGCAAAUAGCAAGGAACAGCCAAACCUACCCACCACAGUUGCAUGGGGCAACGUGAAAGUAACUUGCAACACCCCCUUUUUGGAUGCAGGAACCAAAGGACUGGCUGCUAAAGGUCACCCCAAAACAGAAGAGCCGAAGACAGAGGGAGGGUGGCCAACACAGAGCCACCGAGGAGAGAGAUUCCAGCACUGAGUGCUUUAUCUGUGGCACUGCGAACACUGUGAACGUGUAGAUGUAUUUCCCAUAGGGUGACAGGUCUAGUUUUUUUAACCGCUGCAAAUAAAAUACAGCUCUUUAUAUCCACGUUUUAGAUCAAGGAAAUCAAGAACAUAAGAUAAAUCUUCCUGGAAUUUGAUCGAGAGGGAUGGGUUCGCACAACAAGGCAGACUAGGUUUAAAAUAGGGUGGACAGUAUGCAGUUCAAGGUUUUGUGGAAAUGUUCCUUGUAUAUAUUUUAUACUUGGUCAUUAAAGUAUUUUGUAUCUUUGUGUGAACAGAACUAUGUUUUGAUCAUUCAGGUUUAGGGAUUAGUGAAUCCAGCCAAGAACCACCUGGACCUAUAUUGUUUGCUCUUCCUAACCCAGCCAGAAAUCCACAGAGUCCCUUCUGACCAUGCUGCUGCAUUUAGGAUGGGGAAAAUGAAGCUGAAACAUAAACUAUAACAUAGGAUUAACAUAUUUUUUUCUUUAAAAAUCACCUUCUUUCCACAGAAAUGCAUCAUUGUCCCACCCAUUUUGGACUCUCGCCCUACCUGCUGCCAUCCCAACCUCUCAAAGCAGAAGCUAGCCUCUCCUCAUGUUGUCCCACCCCUGCCACAGAGCCAUGCCCCCAGCCAGGACAUGAGAGCUCCUCAUGAACCUGGCCAUGAGAAACUCAUCUGGGUGCUCAUCUGUAGCCACCCCACCUGGCAGCCAAUGGCUACAUUUGGACAAUAAAGUUGGGUCCGAUGGAGACCAUACAUCUGCAUUCACCCAACGGCUAAGCUUUUUUAAUGCUAAUAUUCAUCAAGUUGAUGGAUUCACCUGUUCUGCAACUCAGCCCAUUUGGUGGGUUGAUGAUUCAAUGUACUGGGCAAACCCACAUUAAUGAAGUAACUAGGUUGGGUGUGUGAAUGCAACCACUGACAAGCGUACCUUCUUGUCUCUUGUGAGUAACAGUCACUAUAUCUUGGAGAUGCAAGCCCAGAAUUUUAACCACACAACACACUAAACUGUAAACCAUGAUAAAUAAGCCAGUAAAAAAUCCAUAUUAUGGCUAAGAAGGUAUGCGAUGCAGACCAUCAAAUUGAGUUCAACAGAGUUUGAGUUUGGCCUAUUUUAUGAACAUAGCCAAUGUGACAUCAUAAAAUUGAUUUACGCUUUGGUGGGAUGUCCAUCUUCAACCAAUGAGCCCAGAUUCCACGGUGGGGUUAGGAAAACCUUCUCCCUACGUCUUUCUUCUACACAACUGGUUAGCCGCCCUCUCCCUGCAAUUUUGCUAAGUUAAAAAUCUCAGCACUGUGACUCUUCUUCAUAAAGGACUUCUUUGGAUAAGUGUUUCUUUGGGACUGUACCAUCAAUUCCUCUCCUCAUGAUCUCCAAAUAAAAUUUGCCUUUUGUUCUUUCCAGCCCAACGGAAAAGUGGAAAGAAAUUUUGUAAAGGAGCUUGUGUGUGUGUCCAUCAGCAUGGUAACUCUCCCAAAAUAGAAAGAACUGGACCAAAUUUGGUGCAGGGAAGGAAGGUGACAAAAGACCAAUUGAAAAUAAGCCACAACUGACCAAGGAGCUGACCAAACCCCUCCUGAAAAAUUCCCCCAAUGCUUUCUGAUGGAGGGGAGCCAGCUCCUCCACUCUAAGCCCCCUCCCUUCCAGUCACAUGACUCAGCGUGGAGCUGAUGCAGCCACCAGGUACUUCCCAGCACCCAACACAAAGGGAGAGAGAACCACACACGCACGCAAACACAAGAUGUUACUUCAUUUCACAGAAGAAAAUACGGACGCCUCUAUGGGCUCUGUGGCAAGGGAGUUGGAGAGAAUUCCAGAAACCAGGCUGUGCAGGGUUUCCCUAGCUGGUUUCACAAUAGCUGCACAUUUGGGUUGCCGAUUCCAUCAAACAUCCCUAUCCCAAGAUCCAUUUCCUGAUCAGAUGCUGCCAGUUCAGGCCGCUUCAGAAGGCGAAUUCUGCUCCGACUCUCUGCUUGCUUAGAGUCAAUUGCGUUGCUCAUUUGAGGCCUGUUCACCUGAGAUCCUUUUAGAGCAAUUUGCUUUUAACACCCUGAACAAUUUUACCUGAUCAACAAACCAAACCAUCUCACUGUCCUUCUUCAACUCCAGAUUACUGAGAAAACAUGGGUCACAUCCAGCUCCAAGGGAGACCACCCAUUAGCAUCUCUCUACCCCAAUAUAUGGGAAGUGCCUUUUUCUUCCUUUUUGGGGGGCUUGGAGUAAAUUCUGCAAAUGAAACAAGAGCAGGAUUGGGCUUUCCCCCAUGCAUAUAUUUUUAUCUAAACUUUGGCUAAAUUGAGGAUUUUACACAGACUGAUGGAGCAAGACUAAUGUUGUCUCUUCCAGCCACUUUGCC